UCCUCGCGGAGCGGUGUGAGGCGGAGAGGGCGCUUGCGACUCGGCGGUUUUUUUUUUACAGCGGCAAUUAUAUUAAUUGUGCAUUUAUUUGGUAUUGUUUUAAUAAACCGUGUUAAUUUCUCUUUUCCGCCUCCUAGUAGACGCUGGAACUUCAGUAGUAAAUCUACGCCGCGCGUUAUUUUAUAUUUCGAGUGCUUUUUUUUUUGUGCUUCGCCGGUCGCGUUCCAAUCAUGUUCUGGCGCGUUUUCUGCGCGGGGCUCCUUCUGGCGCCCCUCUUCUCCGAGGCCGCGGUGCCCGGCUGUGCGGAGCGCUGUGACAAGGCGCUCUGCCCGCCGAUACCCGCGGACUGCCUGGCCGGGGACGUGCUCGACCGUUGCGACUGCUGCCCGGUGUGCGCGUCCGGCGAGGGCGAGCCGUGCGCGCGCCCGGGCGACUGCGCGGACGGCAUGCGCUGCUCCGUGCAGAAUGGGGUCGGCUACUCCUCCACCGUCAGGAAGCGGGCCAAGGCCGGCGUGUGCGUGUGCAAGAGCCCCGAUCCCGUGUGCGGCAGCGACGGCGUCUCGUACCGGAACAUCUGCGAGCUCAAGAGGGUCGUUCAGCGCGCGCAGGAGCUGCAGCAGCCGCCCGUCAUCUUGAUCCAGAGAGGAGCCUGCGGACAGGGCCAAGAGAACCCAGACAGCCUCAGGCACCGGUACAACUUCAUCGCCGACGUUGUGGAGAAGAUUGCCCCAGCUGUGGUUCACAUUGAACUUUAUCGCAAGACGCCAUUUACCAAGCGGGAGGUGGCUGUGGCCAGCGGCUCUGGGUUCGUGGUCUCGGAGGACGGGCUCAUCGUGACCAAUGCCCACGUGGUGGCCAACAAGCACCGGGUCAAAGUGGAGCUGAAGAGCGGUGCCAACUUUGACGCCAAGAUCAAAGACGUGGACGAGAAGGCCGAUAUCGCCCUCAUCGAAAUCGAUGCCCCGAUGAAGCUCCCUGUGCUGCUGCUGGGGCGCUCGGCGGACCUGCGGCCUGGAGAGUUUGUGGUGGCCAUUGGUAGCCCAUUCUCCCUGCAGAACACUGUCACCACGGGCAUCGUGAGCACCACCCAGCGUGGGGGCAAAGAGCUGGGCCUGCGCAACUCUGAUAUGGACUACAUUCAGACAGAUGCCAUCAUCAAUGUGAGUACUAAGCCGCCAGUCCCCAUUAUCAGUAUGAGUACUACCCUGCCAUGGUUCCCAUGGUAUUCUGGGGAAGUGACGCAGUGCCUUCUCUCCAUGUGUGGUGCCAUCUCUGAUCUACUCGUUUUCUUUCAGUACGGCAAUUCGGGAGGUCCACUGGUAAACCUGGAUGGCGAGGUGAUCGGAAUCAACACCCUGAAGGUGACGGCCGGCAUCUCCUUCGCCAUCCCCUCUGACAAGAUCCGCCAGUUCCUGGCCGAGUCAUACGACAGGCAGGCCAAAGGAAAAACGGCUUCCAAGAAGAAGUACAUUGGCGUACGGAUGAUGACUCUCACUCCAACACUUGCCAAGGAGCUGAAGGAGCGGCAGAGAGACUUCCCAGAUGUCACGUCCGGGGCAUAUGUCAUCGAGGUCAUUUCCAAAACGCCAGCUGAAGCUGCGGGUCUGAUGGAGAGUGAUGUCAUCAUUUCCAUCAACGGCCAGCCCAUCACCUCUGCCAGUGAUGUGAGCAGCGCCAUCAAGAAGGAUGACACCCUGCAGCUGGUGGUGCGGCGCGGCAACGAGGACAUCAUCCUCACCGUCGUCCCCGAGGAGAUCGACCCUUGACCCACCCAUCCACCCACCCACCCCCGCGCCUGCCACGAGCUGGUUCUCCGUGUUCGUCCAUGGACGUCUGUGGGGGCGGGCACCUCCGGAGCCGCUCCCGCCCUAGAUCCUCUGUCCAAUAGGCUUCGUUCAUUGCGGUCGGAAAAGCCGAAAGCGCCUCCGGGAACGGAACCGUUCUGUGCGACGGCGUCGCAGCGUAUUGUACUCAGCUACCUGUGCGCGAUCCUUCCCUCGCGUACGACAUUAUCGCUCUCUCCUCUCCUCCGUUUGCUUGAGCGCUGUUUCGUAACUCUUCUCCGUGUUUUCUUUCCUUAGUGUUCAUCCCGUUCUUAUUGCUCGCAGGACUCCACCGCCAGUCCGUCAAGUGGAGACGCAGAGAGGAGUGGGGAUCGCAGGAUACUGUCGUGUUUUUUUUUUUAAGUCCUUUUAUUGUCAUGUUUGUUUGUUUGUUUUUGUUUCCGUUUAAACGACAUCUACACGAAAGGGGAAUAAAAGUAUUUCGUUGUCUUUUUU